CGAGGAGCGCGCAUAUCCAAGGGAAAAUAUAAAAGGAUAAGAUGAUAGCAGUAAAUAUGAGAAGGCAGUAAUUUUUUUUUUUUUUUGCACAGUUUUGCUGUCAUAUUCUUCUUGCAUUUUUCUUGUCCUUGUGCAAUGACACACCAUUUAUGGCACCCCCCACGUUCUUGUUCUCUUCUGCUUUAAAUAUCACCACUCCCCCCUUCACAUUCACUGUAUUCUCCAUUGAAAAGAGGGAACCUUUAUCUCCCCAUUCUGAAACUCAAAACAAAAAGAAGAUAAGAGAUUGAUUAGAUUAAUGAUGAGGAAGUUGGGGAUAACUUUACUCAUAAUCCUUGUCAUCCACCAAAACUGCUUUCAUUUCAGAGUGAAAGCAAGUGAUGGGUUCAUCAGAACCAGAGGAAUCCAGUUCUCUCUCAAUGGCUACCCUUUCUAUGCCAAUGGCUUCAAUGCCUAUUGGCUGAUGUACAUGGCUUCUGACCCUUCUCAGAGACACAGAGUCUCUGAUGCCUUUAGAGAAGCCUCCAGCCAUGGCCUCACUCUUGCAAGAACUUGGGCUUUCAGUGAUGGUGGCUACAAACCUCUCCAGUAUGCUCCUGGCUCUUACAAUGAAGACAUGUUCAAGGGAUUGGAUUUUGUGAUAGCUGAGGCAAAGAAGUAUGGGAUGAAGGUGAUAUUAAGCUUGGCUAAUAAUUAUGACAGCUUUGGAGGGAAGAAGCAGUAUGUGGAGUGGGCUAGAAAGCAGGGGCAGCCCUUGUCAUCUGAAGAUGAUUUCUUUAGAAACUCUCUUGUGAAGGCCUACUACAAAAACCAUAUAAAGGUAUCAUCACUGUUAAUUCAUUGAAAGAAAAAAACCAAUUUUGCCCUCACUCCAUGUUCCCAAAAGUGGACUGAGACAACAUUGAGUCCAUGGUCAUAAAGUUUUUUUUAAUCAUCCCAAAUCUAUUAAAUAUGAAUGAAUUAAUCUAGUGCUCCUUGAUAAAUAUGGGAUAACCCCAUGCAAUCCUUUGAAAAGAUCUUUAGAAUUGAACAAAGGGUCAUGCUAUAGUCACCACACCAAAGUUGACAUUGCCAAACUGUUUGUGUGUGGUUGCAUUUGGUUGGGUCAAACUUAGGGUGGUUAAAGUAGCAUAAAUCUUGAACAAUACAUAUCAUUAACAAAUGCAUGGACGAAUAUUACUAAUAUGUUCAGUUUUUUGUGACGCAAGUGGUGUAUAUAUUUUUGUGUGUGGCAACAGACUGUUUUGAACAGAAAAAACACUUUGACUGGAGUAGUUUACAAGAAUGACCCUACCAUAAUGGCUUGGGAGCUUAUGAAUGAGCCCAGGUGUACCUCAGAUCCAUCUGGAUCCACCAUUCAGGUCCUUAUGAUGCUUCAUUUCUCUUUUCACUUUGGAGUAAUUAAAUUAGCGUUAAUCUGCUGACUACAUAUACCAUACAUCCUAAUACCUUUCUCGGCCUUUUGGCUAAGAUCAAGUGUAGCAUCUGUUCUUAUCAGUUUAAGAUCUGAUAUGUGGGCAAUUGGCCCACACGAUAUUAACUCAAUUUUUUAAGGGGAAGGCCCAUCAAAGGCAGCUUGUUGUCUUGGGCUUUCAAGCGUCGCCUUGGUCUUACACUACUCCCUUGGCCCGGCGCAUCCCACAAAAAAAAUACAUCCGGAUGUACGGUGCUUCCCGUAUAUCUAUAUGAAUACUCAUAUUUGAGUAACAAAAGACUCAUUUUUGAAUAACCAAAUACUCACUUU